GUUUUAUUUUCGAAAUUGUUCUUCAAUUAUCCUACAAUUGUUAUUUUGAAUGAAACGUAUACAAGUUAAAGAUUUGUGUUGAUACCAUAAUACUACCAAAGUUUCGUACUACUGUACCUUUACUUAAUUAAGUGAUUUAAACGUACAUUAAUAAAUAGAAUUUUUAUCUUGCAAAAAUAAUUAUAUCCAAAAUAUGCAGAAAUUUUCUUUUUAUUUUAAUAACUUCAAAAAAUAUUUACUAAUAUUCCUGAAACAUUUGCAGAAUUUAGAGUUUUUAUUUAAUGCAAUCAUUUGUAUAAAUUCUCUGGUUGCCUUGAUUGGAAAUUUAUUCGUUUGGACUAGUAUUGCUAAUAUGGAUUACUAUUAUAAAGGGGAAGAUCUUGUUAUUGUGUUUGACUUGUUUUCAAUGUCAAGUUUAACGAUUAUAUCAGGAGUUGUUACAGCAACAUUAAGAACUCACGAUCAUACAAUAAUAUAUUUUAUCACGAAUGCAGCAUACAUUUUAUAUAUAUAUUACGCAUUAUUUAACAAUAUAGAUAUUCCUGACUAUAAGUGGAUUAUGUAUUUACAUAUAACAAUAAUGUUACUUUUAUUUAUUGUAUACAUUCGGUUACAUCGGAAAAGGUAAUAAAUUAAUCUUUAUACAUUAUAAAAUUACUCGAUAACCCUCUAAAAUUCAAUUCACGUAUUAGGGAAAGGGGUGACAAAGAUAAAAGGAAUGACGAAAAUAA